GUCCUCUGGAGAUAACUUCUGAGACAGGCAACGGGCUUUCCUGACUUACAGAGUGUCAGAUGGGGCGCUCAGGUUCCAGGACAGAAGUGUGGUUGCUGGCCUUGUUCGUGCUUGGAUCCCUCUGUGGGACGGCAGGUGCUUUUUUUGAGUGGUUGAGGAAGGGGAGCACCUCUUCUCCUCCUCCUCCUCCUACUGCUCACACUGCCCCCCGGGCCUUUGAGGGGGAUGCCCCCCCAUUUGAGAUGAGUCUGGCGGAUGAGAAGUUCCUGGCAGAGGCCAGACAGAUGGAACUCAGCCCCCUGGACAGCUGCCACUACCGGGUCAUCGCUCAGCUGAAGUCCACCUGCAGCAGCCUCUCGGAGGAGCAGCUGGCCAAGUUAGGCGUGCUCUUGUUUAACUGCCAGUCCGAAGUGGAGGGACGCAAGACCUACCCCUGCACUGAGGAAAUGUCCAUUAAGCAGUGCACGGCAGACAUGGACUCCGACACGUGGAACGCCUACCACAUCGUGAGUAACCGAGCUCGCUCGGUGUGCUACGCCACCCGCCAGCAGCACUUCCGCAGGAAGGCGGAGCUCACCGUCAACGCCCUCAUCUCCACGGCAACCAGCCAGCUGGACGCCAUGAAGGAUCUGAAGGAGGGCCAGCAGCAGCUGAAGGAGCUGACGGCAGCCUCCCUGGAGAAGCUGCUGCUGGGCCACAGUGCCCUGCAGGAGCAGCAGGGGGCUCUGCGUGAGGGGCAGGACCUGCUGGAGAACUCCAUCAGCUCCAAUCUGGAGCGGCUCAGCCAGGAGAAGGCCCUCAUCGCCUCCGGGCAGGAGCUGGUGGCCCAGCUCAUCCAGGGGAUCACUCAGAGGAUGGAAAACGUCAGUGAGCAGCUGAAAGGUCAGGGCUCAGACCUACAUGACGGACACAAGGCCAUUCUGGACGACCUGGCUGAGGUCAGAGGUCGAGCGCAGGACAUCUACAGCAAAAUUGAGCACAACCUGUCAGGCUUCCUGCAGCACCAGAACCGCACGGCCCAGUACUAUACAGACCUGAUGCGUAAGCUGGAGAGGAUGAACGGCACCCUGGGAUUCAUGCUGCAGUACCUGGACAGCAUGCAGACCCGCCUGGAGGACCGACUGCACCUCAUUCAGAGAUACCUGGGCUGGGCAGGUUUGAACCUGUCAGCGAUGUGGACCUGCGUGGUGCAUGCUGGGUACUUCCUGCUGAGUGCGCUGCUGCUGUCCUUCCUCCACUGUCCCUGCUUCUCUCGCGCCUCCCUGCUGGUGGUCGUGCCCCUCAACGCCGUGGCGGAGCUCCACCAGCAGCCCGCCCUCGACCUGAUCAGCCUCACACUGCUGCUCGUCACGCUGUCACUGGGUCACUGGUUUCUGCUGCGGCUCUUUUGGGGGUGCUCCAUGCUCAGGAGAAAGGGGCUUGCCUCGCUCCCACCCCCAAAAGUCCCACAGCCAGAAGCUAAAACGCCCCAGCGCUGCUGCCCGCUGUCCUCCACCCCAGAUCGUCUUCCUGGUGACCUUUUUGGUGGUGUUGUGGGGCUUCAGCCAGACAUCUUGGACCAGGACAGUUUUGCGUUCGAUGAACCUUGUGUGGCAGCGUCACCCUCCCAGGCCCCACGGAUGGACGCACCCAGGUUUCUGCCUCCCAACCUGGGCACCCCAACUCACUCCACCCCCAGGCUCAAGAGGAGGCCUAGUCUGCCAGGGCUGCUACUGGAGGGUGUGCCCCAGAGGCAUCUGGAAAAUGUACUGGACUCGGUGAGCGAUUCUCGCAGCGCCAGUCCCAACCAGUCCCUCGCCAGCAACAGCUCGGCCUCGGGCAGACAGCUGUGUCACGGCACCACCAAGACGGGGCUCCCCUGCAAGAAGAGGGCGCUGCUGGGGCAGGACUACUGCAGGGUCCACGAGGGGGGACACACCUCCUACAACCCGCUGUGACCCUAGCGCUCGCAGUCUGGACCGGCACUAGGAAUGAAAACACUGCAGC